AAUGAAAAACACCAGCUCCAUCCAUCAGUCCAUGUCACUCGCUUCCGACAUGAUUGACGAAGCUAGCACGCGAGCUAGCAACCGAGCGAGGCCAAUCAGCGAAAGUACUCGCGCAAUUUCAUGACAGCUAAGGCCGCACAGCACAACCAUCGGUGCCCAAGAACCGAGUGUGUGUGAAUGUGAAGCCGUGAAACCAGUGUACAGACAGUAGUAGUAGGUGGUUCUUCUCUACCUCCCAUACACGCCAGGAUCUCUGCCUCAGGCUCGCCCGAUUCUUUUACACUCUUUCGAAUCUCUUUCUGCCCUACAAGAGUCGCAGCUCCCUCGCAAUUCCCACCGUAAGCAAUCCGUUCUAGCAGAGUAAUUCGCCAUGAGUUCUGUUGCUGUCUCCCGCGUGCCCGUAGCAGCGGUCUCCGCGCCGCUCUCUGCCGCCAUCACCACCUCCGUCCGCCCCACCGCCCCUGACGCGCGCGCUACGAGCGUCGCGUCGCUAUCAUGCUGGUCCAGCAACCACUCCCUGGACGGCAACUGCCGCCGCGCGUCAGCAACAGCGCUAAUGACAUCAUCAUCAUCGUCUCGGGCAUAUGCGGCAAGUGCGUGCGUCAGGUGCUGCGGCAGCGCCGGCGGAGUCAGCAUCAGCGGCGCGGGGAGCAGCCGCGCGCAGAGCGGUAACGCCGCGAGGCUGGCCGGGCGCUUCGCCCCGCCGCAACUACAAACCCACCGCCACUCCCAUCGCUCCCGCGACACGAAUCGUUUUCAGACGAGCGCCGUCGCAUGUCAAACGUGCACGUUUGAAUUCCAGGCGCCCGCGCGGCGGAGAGACCAGCGGCGCGCGGGGAUAAGAUCGCCGUCGCCGUCGGUAUUCCCGAGGCUGCGCGUCGUCUGCAGCGCCGCUGGGGCUCGUGCCGCUGACGUGUCUCGAGCCACGUCAGCGACGUCGUCCACGCUGUCGCUGACGACGUUCAACAUCCUCGCGCCCAUCUACAAGCGGCUGGGCAGCGAGGGCGAGCGCGAGAGCGCGUGCGACCACCUGUGGCGCGAUCGCAACCGUCGCAUAGUGGACCUGCUUCUGUCGUUGCAGUCGUCCGUCGUGUGCCUGCAGGAGUUCUGGUUCGACGGCGGCGACCUCGAGCGACUGUACGAGUCGCAGCUGCAAGCCUCCGGCUACACGCUCUACAAGCUGCCCCGCACCAACUCCCGCGGCGACGGGCUGCUCACCGCCGUCCGCACGAGCGCCGGCACCGGCGCGCGCGCCGCCGGCCAAGCGCCGGGGGGCGAAGCGGCGGCGGCGGCGGCGGAGAGGGAGGUGGUGAGCGUGGUGGACUACGAGCCGAUUCUGUUCCACGACUGCGGCGACCGCGUGGCGCAACUGCUGCGCUUGCGCGUCAAGGGCGCGUCGGGGGGAAAGGGACUGUGCGACGACGAUCAUGACGAGGAACGAUCGAGCAGCAGCGGUGCUGGUUCCGGUGAUGGUGGUGAUGCGGCGGCAGCAGCAGGGGAGGGGCGCGAGGUGAUGGUGAUCAACACGCACCUGCUGUUCCCGCACAACGCCAACUCGAGCGUCAUUCGGCUGCGCGAGGUGUACAAGAUCCUCGAGUACGUGGACGCGUACAAGCACGCGCACGGACUCGGCGCGCUGCCCAUCCUGCUCGCAGGCGACCUGAACGGCCCGUUGGACGGUGAGGUGUGUCGCUUCCUGCGGUCGCAGGGCUUCGUGUCGUGCUACGACAGCGCACAGGGCCGCCAUGACGAUCUCGAGGACGCUAGCAACUGGGUGUCGCACCGCAACCACCACGGCGAGGAGGUGGGUGUGGACUUCAUCUGGCUGCUCAACCCCUCGCAGCAGCUGCACGCCCCGCUCACCGCCGACUGGAAGGCCGCUGUGUUCCGCAUGAUCAAGGCGAAGCUGGUCGAAGCGGGGAUAACGGAGGAGAGGCAGGCGUUUGAGUUCUUCCAGGCAGCUGGCACUCACUCACCUGGCGCGGUCACUGCACAGCAGCUGCGCCAGCAGCAGAAGGACUACGACUGCAUCACCCCAGAGGAGUUCGCCUAUGCCAUGGACGAGCUCGGCCUGACUGGCGAGGACAGUGUGGGUCUGACGCGUGAGGAGAUAGAGCAGCUGGUGCGGCGCGCGGACGUGAACGGUUGCGGCGCAGUGGACUAUGAGGAGUUCAAGCUGCUGCUGCGCACCGAGUCCAUGGAGGACACCUUCGCCCGCAUCUGCAAGGCCACCGGGAUCCACGAGCAGCCCUGGCAGCAGCCCCGCCCGCAGCACCAGCAGCAGCAGCAGCAGCAGGAGCCGCUUUUUGAGAGCUCUCAGACGAUCUGGCAGCAGCCGUGGCUGCAGCUGUGGCAGGAGCAGCAGCAGCAGCAGGGUGAGAGCAGGUGCCCAGUGAAGCGUGGCGUGCAGGCACUGCAGCAGGCCAUCAAGAUGGAUGCGCUCUUCCCUGGCUCAUCUUCUGUUGCUGAUUCCAUCUGUGGCACCGGCCCCGAAACAUUUCCAGAUUCUGCUUUCGCCCCUGCCGGUUCCGCCAGUUCUCUCUUCGGAUCGCCUGAGUGGCCCGUCCCCCAGGCGUCCUCGUUCCCCACAACUCUUGGACGGCAUGGGCCCAUGGUGGUGGCUACUGCUGCUGCCUCUGCUGUAGCUGUGGCGGUCCCUGACAUCUACAGUGCUGUUGGGGAGAAGGCAGGCACAGGGGAGUGCUGGAACUGUGACUGUGACCAUGCGGACUGCGAGGAGUGUGGGUAUAACCCCAACCGACAAGGCCAGCAAGGCCAGCAGCAGCAGCAGCAGCUGCUGCAGCAGCAGGUGGAGUGUGGAUCAGGAGAAACGCGUGAGUUGGCAGUGGAAACUGCUGAGCUGUUUCCUCCUGAGAUGCAGCACGGCACAUGGCCCUCGGACUACGACCUCUCGGACCAUGCUGCUGUCACGGCCGUGCUGCGAGUGCUGUAGAUUUGUAGAGUAUGUGUGUGUGUGUGUGUGGCUUUGUGUGUGCCGUGUGUGUGUCAGUGGCUUGCUCAUUAGUGUGUGCAUAGUGUAUAUUCGUUUUUUGUGUAUGCAUGGAUGGAUGCGUGUGCGCAUGCAUGCAUAUGCCGCGUGUGCCUGUUGGUGCAUUUGUGUAUUGCGCGUUUCAGAAGUGAUAGUCAAGAGUCAUUGGCCAAGACAACUUGGUUUGCCCACAUUGCAAGCACCCAACCUUGAGCCCCAACAAUUUAGUACCAUCUCAAAGCAGCAAGCCCAGUCCUGUGUGAAAGGGCAGUGACUUCAGUUCUGCCUGGCUCCUGGGCCUCCUGUUUAAUAGUGGCAUGGCAUGAGGGCAUUGACUGUCAUCUCAUCAUACCACAUGCUUCAGGCGCCCGAACCGCUGCCGCUGCAACCUUUGCACCUGUA